AUGGCGGCGGUGGGGAAGCCGCUGAGGCUGAAGGACCUCCUGGAGCUGGACUGCGACUCCUGCAGCGCCGCCGGAUUCCGCUGCUACCCGCGCCACCUCUGCGUCGCCGUGCCGCUGCCGGCGCGCCACGAGGCGCCGGAGGCGCACAGUGUCUUCGGGCGGUCGCACUCUCUGCUGUCCAUCAGGAGCCUCUCGCGGCGGCUCAGGGGCAGCUUCAGCUGGGGGCGCCGUGACGAGGAGGCGCCGGCGCCGGUUCCCGCCGUCAGCAGCUGCAGCAGCUCCGACUCGGAGACGUCGGUGUCAGGGUCGUCCGCGGCGGAGUCCGACUUCUCAUCAGCAUGCUCGGCGGAGAGCCGGAGCACCGGCGUGACCGCCGCCGCCGACGGACACGAGCAGGAGGCGAUGGAGAGUGGAUCGAAGGAGGAAGGCUCCGGCUCGGAGGCGGACGACAAGGAGCAGCUCAGCCCGGUGGCCGUCAUGGACUUCCCGUUCCACGACGACGACGAGGAUGACGCCGUGGAGGACGGAGGAACCAGCGACGGCGGGAGCGCGUGCUCGUCUUCUCCGUUCGGCGACAGCCUCGCGCAGCUCCACCAGAGGAGAAAUAUACAGCUGAAACACAAACUCCGACGGCUCAGGAGCAUCGGGGUGGCACCCGCCGUGGAUCUCGGCGACCACUUCGCCGCCGCCUCGGAGCCCGACGGCGUCGGCAGCGUCCCGUUACAGCACCGAUGCCCCGAGUCCGACGCGGCGAAACCAGCUUCCCGCCUGGAGGGUCACCGGAGCGUCCACGUACAUCCCGACGAAGACAACCUCAUUGCGCAGCUAACCAGCAGCUUCUCGGCGGGCAACGGCUCCGAGCGCCUCCUGCUCGACUUCUUCGCCGAGACACGACGGCUCAGCAACACGACGGAGAGCUGCGAAGCUGCGGUGAGAGUGGCCCAGGACUGGGUACAAGGCGCCGGGGAGCGGUGGGGAUUGAAGGAGGCACUGUGCGGCCGGGAGGACCUUCUGGCGGAGAUGGACCGGGGCCGACGGUGGUCAUCACGCGUAGGACAGGAGGAAGAGGAGCGGGAGGUCGGUGUGCUGGUGGCGCGAUUGGUGGUCGACGACCUGCUGUGUGAGCUAGUCAACGAUAUGCUUCUGUAG